ACAGUGCAGUGGUUCAACACUAUCAAAUACAUCCCCAGUUAUCAACACAUGACUAGCUUGAUUGACAAGCUUGAAUAUACGUAUAUUCCGCAAGAUUUUGAUAUUUCGCCAUCAGCAUUGAUAUUGCCUCAUGGGCCCGCCGGCUGUGGCUAUCAUGUUUUUUUGUGUCACUGAAGAUGAGCAACAGUUAAACAGUUGCAGUCUGGGAACACCACACAUGGGGAGGUGGGGGGGGGGGGUUCUCCUCCAAGAACAUGUUUUGCAGGUGGUGGGCUGUGUUGGAAACCUCAAGCUUUGGCAUUGUAACCGAACGUACGCUAGCAGGUGUUGAUGCUGUAAAGUCUCAGUCACUCAUCCGCCAUGCCACGGUCGUUCCUUGUCAGAAGUAAAAAGGCUCCUCCAACUGGUCCAUCCAAGGACUUCUUUAGACAGCAGGAUCAAUGCCAUAGUGGUGAAGGUCUGCCUGUGGCUCGAGUUGGAGGAGACCCUGAAGAUGAUGUGCAGCCAAUCCUUCAUAAGGCCCCUCUGACUGAAUUCCAUUCCCCUCGGGAGGGAACCUCAAUGCAGGAUGGUUGCAACCCUUCCUCUGCCACCUUGACUGUGAAUAGUCCUGAUGUUGGAGUGCUGGCCUCGACUUACUCAGCAGACACACGUCCGACGUCCGACAGAGAGCGAGAACUGGAGAAACUGGUCUUCAUGCUCCUCCACCACACGUCACACAUGGACAUCAAAUCUCCCUUCAGUCAGUGUCCUCUCUGUGAGAAGUCUCCUCCACAAGUCUUGGCAUCAGGAGUUGGAAUGCAGGCUCAUCCUGGAAGUACCCUUCCUCCUUCGUUGAGGUCACCCGCUGUUACCGAAACGUUCCCUUUGACAUUGAGAUCCAUGGGAAGUUACGGCAGAGCCAAGGAACGGCACUUUGUCUGCAAGGUGUGUGGGAAAAUGUUCAAGCGCUCGUCCACACUGUCCACACAUCUCCUCAUCCACUCGGACACCAGGCCCUACCCGUGCCAGUACUGCGGUAAGAGGUUCCAUCAGAAGUCGGACAUGAAGAAACACACCUUCAUACACACGGGUGAGAAACCGCACGUGUGCAAGGUGUGCGGUCGAGGAUUCAGUCAAAGCUCCAACCUCAUCACUCACAGUCGGAAGCACAACAGCCAGCGACCGUUCACCUGCCCCCGAUGUCACCACAGCUUCCAGCGCAGGCUUGACCUUCAGCGCCACCAAGAGACACCGUGCAGGCCGGUUAAUUGCGGACCUUCUGCCAUCUAGUGGGAGAACAUGUAAUUGUUCUGCCUGCCGCAAGAAUCCCGCAGGAAGAGGCGUACGACACGAGAGGUUAUCCCCACCUCGACGUAGACGCGCUGGUCUGCAGCGAUGACACACGGUCCGAUGCGCCGCUGCUUGUAGCUCUCGGUGACAAAAAGCUUCAAAAGAAGCAAAGGCCCGGGUUUGAGUCUGGGUGUUUGGAAGUACAUAGGUCCUGGAUCUGGCAGGAAGUCCCACGGUGACGGAGACGUGUGGAGGUCAUCAUCUGGAGCCGCUUGAGCGCCGCCAGGGAGGUCAGCCAAACAACUGAACUGGGAGCAGGAACAGACAUCACAUGAGCAAUAAUAAUAAAGAGGGUGGGAGGUGUUAAUUAACAUGUGUUAUGUAUUGUAGGGGUGUUGAAAGAUGUUUAUUCCAGUACCAGAUUGCACUAGUGUGCCUUAGCCUGGCGACAAUAAAAGGCCCAUCCAAAAUGUGAAAAAAAUGUACAAACUGUUGUCUCACUUGUAUGCCAAGGGAACUUUUGGAAGUCCAAUCAGUAUCAUUGUGUGCCAGCGUUGAAGGAGGCUGCUCUCUCCAUAACAGUACCUACAU